AUGAUACGAAAAACGUACAAAAAUUAUAACGAUCAAGGAGACAAUGAUAAAACUUCAAAUUUAAGUUUUUUAGUCCACUCAAAUUAUUACUCUGUUUUAGAUUUGGAUGAAGAAGAUUUGGUAAAUAAUGAAAUACGACACAAUUUUCUACAACUUUCGAAAAAAAUAAAUAUAUAUGAUAAAAGUGAACCCAUAAAAAAUUACAAAAAGAAAGAUGCCUUAGCAAGAGAAUUAAACUAUAUUAAAAGCUGGGAAUUGUUAAAGAAAACAUAUAAAUACAAAAUGCCAAUAAUUUAUCAGAAUUUUCAUAAAUUUAACUUGUAUAAGAGGGAAUUAAUUAAUUAUUUCCCCACAAAUUACUAUGCGAGGAAAAGGAAUUUAGUCAGAAGAAAAAAAAUGGCAUCAGUAUAUAAAGAUAAUUGUUUUAUUAUAGAUAAUGAAAUGAUUUAUUCCAUGACCCCUGAGUAUAUAUCCAAAAAUAUAGGAAAAAGCAUAAUGCCAAUCAAAAAAAAAAAAAAAAGAAAGUAUCCCAGAAAACCAAGAAUACGAAAGGAUAGAGAAAUGGCUAUGGGGGAAAGAAAGAAAAGACGUUAUAAUGAAAAUGUGCAUGUAACUGAAGAACCAGGAGGAUUUGGUGAUGAGGAAGAGUUUAACGGCGAGAAUGAUGAUGAAGAUGUAGGGGAUAGAAUCACAGAAGUGGCAGAAGUGAUAGAGGAGGAAGAGGAAGAUGAAGAAGAGGAAGAGAAAGAGGAGGAGAAAGAGGAGAAGGAAAUGGUGAAGAAGGAAGUGGAGAAGAAGGAAGUGGAAGAAGUGGAGAAGAAGGAAGUGGAAGAAGUGGAGAAGAAGGAAGAGGAAGAAGUGGAGAAGGAGGAAAAAGAAAGUAGAAUACUUGUGGAAAAAAUAGUCAAGGCGAUAGGCGUAGAGGAAAUAGAUAGACAGGUCCCAUCAAGUACCUCCAAUGUAUCUAACAAGGCGAAUUCAGAGAACGUACUAAUUUACCUGGACCCAUUUGCAGGAGCAGGUGGAAAUAGCCAAAGUAUGUCUCACGUUUUUACCAUCGCAUCAGAUGUUGAAUUGGCUCGAAUAAAGGAAUGCCAACACAAUUGUAAAUUUUACAAUAAUAACGUGGAUUUUAUUUUAUGUGAUUUUUUUAAUAUAGUAAAUUCUUUCAGAGAAAAUACGAUAGAUGUGAUAUUUCUUAGUAUACCUUGGGGAGGACCCUCAUACAAGGAGAAAAAGCAGUUUCAGUUGAAUGAUCCAAAGGAUAAGCUAUCUGUAUAUUCAUGCUUAAAAGAAUCCACAAAAUUAACGAAAAAUAUAAUUAUUUAUUUACCACGUAACGUUUGUAUGGUAGAUUUAUAUCACCUUUUUAGGUAUUACCAAAAAUUGGUAAAUGGAAAGAAUAAAUUAAAAAAACAAAGCACAGCAAACGAUGUUUUUAUCGAAUUAUAUAUUAACAGAGUUAGAUGUACAAUGAAAGAAGAAUAUGAUAACAGUGCGCAGAAUUUCUAUUAUUUUUUCAAUCAACAAUCAGAUAUGCCAAGUAACGAAUUCGAUAUUGCAAAACAGGCAAAUUUAUUUAACAUUAAUAUAGAUCAGUGUAAUCAAUUUUUGAAACAUACAAAGGAGAGGAAAAAGAAGAAGAUCACCACCACGAAAAAUAUCGAAGAUAUUUACAAAAUAAAUAUAAAAGAAGAGAAUGAUAUGAAAAAACAAGGAAAAGAGAAAAAAAUGAAGCGCGGAAACACUACAGAUGAUGAACUUGCUAAGGAUAGUAAAAGUAAUAAAAAGAUAAAAACAUUAUGGAAAUGGCACAACACCUGUAUGGUUGUAUAUUUAGGAAAAAUAACAAAUGCAUUAAAAAAAAAUAAAACAAUUAAUUACAAUAGUAUUUAUUAUCUGCAUAAUGAGAUAUCCAGAUGUAACAUGAGAAAAGUGAAAAAUAGAGGCCACACGAAUUUUUCCUUAUAUAGACAAUUAUGCAAUAAGAAAAAAAAUGCUUUCCAUAAUAUAACCAGAAGAGUUGAAAGAAGAGAAAUUUGUAUAAGUAAAAAUGAAAGAGCACAUAAAAUAUUUAUGAAUGACAGAAAUAUAUUCUUUUUAAAUUAUUUUAUUGAUAAAAAGCUAAGCGAAUUGAUGAGUAUUAUUCGUGAUCUUUUUUUUAAAAAUGUAAAAAAUAUCUUGGGAUUUGAAAAAGUAAGCUUCCUGAACAAAGUUUUCAUACAUAUGGACAAUAGCAUAUUUAGAGCCUUAACGAGAAAAUUAACAAUUGGGAAAAAUGUAAAGAAAUAUGAAACGUAUAUAUAUUCUGAUAUGCUAGGCAAAAACACAGGGUUGCAUAUAAUAACGGGUUAUCUGAACACAGUAUUGAGAAAAGUUAAUAAAGUUAUAAUUCUUCUUUUUGGUAUUUAUUUACACGACAUAAGCUUUAUGAAAUAUUUUUUUAAGUUUUACAAAGUAAAGGUAUCGACAAGUGAAUUAAAAAAUAAGAAAAGUUUUAAAAAUAUCCAUUACAACAUUAUCAGAUUACUUUUUAAAUUUAUUCUUUACAUUGAUAUAUUUAAAAAUGUGCUAAGUAAUAAUAUUAAAAUGGAAGAAUUUUUUAGUAAAAAUAUACUAAAUGAAGGAUUAGCAAAUUUUUUGGAAUUUUUAGAUAUAGCAAAUAAUGAUUAUAAUUUCAUCAAGUAUAAAAAUAAAAAAGACUUUUCUAUUUCUUUUAAAAAUUUUAUCAAAAAUAUUACUCAUCUUUCUGUUAAUAUAGAAUUGAAUGGAAAGAAAAUACGUACUGAGUAUAUUACAAAUAUGUAUUUCCAACUUUUAUUUAAUGUAUAUGACCCAAAUGUACUUUUAGACGAGAUCCAGAAUAGCCCAUAUGAAGAUCUAGAACAAAUAAAGUGCUACCAAUGGCAUCUGUGCUUGUGCACGAUUAACUUUUUUACGCAACAAUUUUUUUAUAAUACGAACAUAACAUCUUUUUUAGAUUACUUUAAUUCUUUAAUUUAUUUUUACUUCAAUCAAAUGUAUUUUUUGUCCAAAAGUCAUCACAUUUAUUCAAAUUUGUUUAUUGUUCGUUUGAAUAGUUUUCUAUACGAUAAUUUUUGUAUACAAAUUUUAUAG